AUGGAGGAGCUCUUCAACCUUUGCUGCUUGAACGUCUUGCUUCGCAAUGUUAGGUCUUUUAUUUUCACAGUAACAAUUCUCACUCUUGGAACGGCGGUGUUUAUGCUUAACGGCUUGCCGAGCGAGUACGACAAGAUUUACUUUGACCAGUUCCCGGCCGGUUUCCGUUUUGGCAUCGCGACUGCUUCUUAUCAAGUCGAAGGUGGAGCCUCUCACAGAGGAAAGAACAUAUGGGAUACAUUUUCUCAUACUCCAGGAAAUAUAGAAGAUGGGUCCACAGGCGAUGAAGCCUGCGAUUCUUUCCGAAACUACGAGACUGACGUGAAGAAUGUUGCCGCUCUGGGGCUGGAUUUCUACAGAUUCUCGAUUUCUUGGAGCAGGCUCAUACCAACCGGAGUAAUUUCUGAAGGAAUCAGCGAGUCCGGCCUCGAUUACUAUCACAAACUUCUCAACAAACUUGAGGAGGAGAAAAUCGAGGCGAUGGUGACACUCUACCAUUGGGACCUGCCUCAAAAGCUCCAGGACUACGGCGGUUGGACAAACGUCUCGCUGGCCGAGCGUUUUCAGGAAUACGCGGAUCUUUGCUUCAAAAGCUUUGGGCCCAAAGUGAAGAGAUGGAUCACGUUCAACGAGCCCAGAGAAACCUCCUUAGGUGGAUAUGAAAUCGGUUACAUGGCGCCUGGCUACAAGCUUCAUGGAACGGGAACUUACAAUACGUCGUACACAAUUUUGCGAGCGCAUGCAGCGGCGUACCGGCUUUACGCUGAGCGCUAUCGGAACUUGCAAUUCGGAGAGGUUGGCAUCACGCUCAACUGCGACUGGGCCCAGCCGGUGGACAAUUCUGUAGCAAAUAGAGACGCUGCCGAUAGAUUUCUUCAAUGGUACAUUGGCAUUUGGGCACAUCCGAUUCUUCUCGGCGACUAUCCGGCGGUAAUCAAGGAAACUGUUAAAUCGAAGACGAACGCGAAAGGAUUUCGAAAAAGUCGCCUCCCGGAAUUCAGCCAGGAUGAGAUUGAUUAUAUAAAGGGCACUUUUGACUUCCUCGGGCUCAACUCGUACACUACCCGAAUGGUCCAGUACAAGCAGUGUUCAGAUGAAGACGAUCACUACAACUGCGACCAGGAUCUGAGAGCUUUUGCAGAUCCGAGUUGGCCAACAAGCGGUUCUUCGUGGCUCAGGCCGGUUCCAUGGGGCAUUCGAAAGCUUCUUAGUUGGAUAAAGCAUCAAUAUCCGAAUUACCGCGAGAUCGUGGUGACGGAGAAUGGCGUUUCCGAUCGUCCUGAAAGCGUCACACUUUGCGACCAGCCGCGCGUUAACUUCUUUCAAAACUAUCUCAACAACGUGUUGAUGGCGAUCCGGAUCGACGAAGUUAACGUCGUAGGCUACACUGCAUGGAGUCUAAUGGACAACUUCGAAUGGGCUCAUGGCUACACAGAGCGUUUCGGUCUCUUCUGGACCUCUUUCGAUCGUCCUGACAAGCUGAGGACGAUGAAAGCCUCUGGCCUUUUUUACAAGAAGAUUGUAGAAUCGCGAGGCUUUCCAAGCAAACAGACACUUCUCGACUGGUUAGAAGAAGUCGAUAAUUAUUGUUAG